AUGAGCCGCCCUGUGUACCCCGCAUAUCCAUUCUGGGACGUACUCCUCUAUAGUUACUGGGGUAUUACAGGUGUCAGGAUUAUAGCUUGUAAAAGGCUGCAACAAAAGAAAGAGGGAGAGACAGACGAUCGAAGAAAACCAAAGACAAAACCAAGACGGAGAACGCGAAAGAAAACGACGCCAAACGGAACAGCCGACUCCCAGCGGUCAUCGAAACGAAAUGCGCUUGAGGGAAGUGUUGCGCAGGACCCUCCGACAGGCAUUCGCCCGCAAGUGGACUAUGCGUCCUCAUCUUCAUUGUCCUCGUCCCUCUUCCUCGAAAUCAACACAUCAUCCCACUCAUCUCCCCCAUGCCCAUGUCCAUGGCUCCUCGAACUGCUCAAAGCAGCAGCCGAGGCUUGCCUCCGCAGCUCCGAGUUAUCCAUCAACAUCCCAGGGUUUAUCUCCCUCCUGUCCUCCGUCGCGAUAGCCGACCCAUCUAACCACGAAAGCGGCUCAGGGCGACACAAAACAGCUAAGAAGUUCUUGCGCCAGCUGCCAUGCGAGAACGGAUUUGGUGGAGGAGGUCCCGGGACAAGGCUCUUGUGCGCUUGGUUUCGAAUCUGGUUGGUGGAAGUGGUCAGCCACGCACAUGGAGAAGCGGUAAUGAGAAACAAAGAUUCGGAAGAGGAUAGACCAAUGGCAGGCAAAGGAUGCCUUAAGCCCUCUCCCCAAACAACGGGAAAGGCUUUCAGCCCGAAGAAGCAACUUGCUGGACCAGGCCUCCUGAUAAAGAUAGCACAAGGUACAGCAAGAAUGGGCAAACGCAAGGGCAGCAGAUGA